AUGUGUGACCGCAUCCUGUAUAUCCAGUGUAACUUGUCCUCUGUCCCUUGGAAGGGCAGCGCAGCAGCUGCUGUGCCUCCCACUCCUCCUCCUCCACCUGCCCACUACCACGUCCUUUACCGAGGCUGUGGAGAAGCCCAGGUGGGCUGGCAUGGGGAGACGUACUGCCUGGUUGGCGGCUACCGGCUCUAUGGGGAUGCUCCUUUGGCCACCCCAGCAAAGGCCGAAGCGGAGAAGCCAGCCCCCAGAUGGGCUCCCAAGAGACCUCGAGCUCCAGCUAAGCCAGACAUGGACCUAGGUUGUCCUAGCCCAAAAAUUGGGCGCUUGUGGCAUGGUGGCAAGAGGCUGGCCCCGCAGAAGCUUGCUGGCUGA